AUGGGCCCCAACUCAGUCGAACGCAAGAUACCUGGCUUUCUCAGUCCUCCUUUUCUUCUUCUCCGCCGCCGUCGGCCACCUACUCCUUCGCCUGGCAGCACAAUUGCAACGUACCACACCCCUUGUUCGACGUUCUCAUGGCGCCUCCGGCGAAACUCCGAGGAGACAAACGAUCUCUCCCCUCUCAAAAACGCAGUACAUCAAUACCACUCCCUCGAGUCACAUACAGACGCAAGCGCUGACAACGGGGAGAACAGCAAGUCUUUGCCACUAGGGUGGAGACCGGACUUCCAGCCUUCGUGGGUGGAUCGUUCCCGUGAAGCUGGUGCCGAUGCCGUCGCGCUCUCCCCGCCUAGUAAAGUGGGUGAUGCCGGCCUCCACUCCUCCCCCUUUACCGUGCCCGGGACGUGGCUUGACCUCGACCUGCGCUUCCCGGACUCAGCCAGCUCCGAGCUCGUCUUCCACCCCGCGCACGUCCGCACCCGGUCCCCCGUCUACCACCUCCUCUCGUCCUCGUUCCCCGUCGAGACACACGCCCCCUCAGUGCAGCUGUUCCACCGCGACCUCCCGUGGGAGCUCACGGUGUUCGAACAGGAUGCCGAUGUGGGCGUCAGCCUGCGCAUGCUUGCCGCCGCACUGCGCGCGUACAUGCUCACCGAAGUCGAGGAGGAAGACUACUACGCCGCGUGCGUCCCGGACGCGGUGCGCGAGCAGGUGCUCGAGGCGCUGCGCACGCGGCGACAGGCGUGCCCUGAGCAGCGCAAGGCGAUCUGUCGCGUGGACUUCCUGAGGAGCGCGUGGGUGUUGACCCGGCUGGAAAGGCUAGAUGCGCGCGUGUGGGAGAUACACACGAAGACAGCGGCGGAGUGA